GCCUUCAAUUGAAUACAACAAUUCGGUUUUCUUUGCCAGAUGUUCAACAAACACAACAAUUAAAACACGAAUGAUAUCUCUAAAUAUGAAAGAUAUUGUUGGUCAAUGUGGUGCUCUCAUGCUUCUAAGCCCGGUCGUUCGCGGUGAAGACGUUAUAUUGGGAUAUUUUCCGUCCGAUGACUAUAUACAGCGUCAAAUAUACACUAGACGAACGUGGCAGAAGAAUAAACAAGAUAUACAGCUACGAGAAGGUUUUUACGAGGAGAAAAUCAGUUCUGUAUAUCUUUUUACAUUAACGAUAUUCAAUUUUGAUGAAGGAGACGAGGGAACAUAUAAUUUAGAGUGCAAUGCAGUCGACACCACGGAAUCUGUGCAGCUUCAUUUUUUAGAGCAACCUAGCUACCCUGUCCUCGGUCCAAAGUCCAAUGAUUUUAAUACAACACAAUGCAUUUAUGUUUAUGGAGGCUCCGACAUGUAUUGCAUAACUGAUAAUGGAACAAAACCCGUACAGGUCGUACUUUCACUGGGCCAGGAUUCAUUUGUUCUUGCUGAAACCGAAAAGAACAACGGGUUGUACAGAUUCCGUAACGCUCAUCAACAAAUGGCUGGACUGUCAAGACAGAAUGUAACAUGUCAGGUUUCAAAUGCAGCCCUUGAAACACCUUACGAAGUGCAUGGCAUUCUAUGUAACGUGGAGCAAGGUAGCCCGCCCAUGCUAACAGUUCCAGAAUUCCUUGAUGGAGAAAAUUCAACAGCAUAUUGUGCAGUUCGCAAUGCUAUCCCAGCUCCGGCAAUAGAAAUGCACAUUGGCACACUCUUGCUAGAUGAUGUUCUACAAACUGAUUCUUUCCAAGGAUCUUCUUAUACUUUUACAAGCUCAGCAAGAGUGACAAAGGCUAACAUAGCGUGGAAUGGAAAAGAGAUGUGCUGCAUCAGAAAGAGCAAAUACGAGUUUGGUUUUAAUGAUAUCUCAGUAUGCAAAAACAUCAGUAUGAAAUUCCCCCCCUCGAACAUUUCUCUGUCCAUUAACAAAAUACCAAAAUACAACAACACUUAUUUUAUCAGUGUCUUAAAUAUUUCUUGUGAAACGAAUGAAUCAAAUCCGCCUUGCACAAUUGAAUGGUCAAGCGACAACAGUAAUUUGAGAUACAUUCAGAGUAACAAUUGGACGAAUGGUGACAAUGGGAGAUAUAGUGCUGUAUCGAACGUGCUUUACAGUGUUUCUAAAUACAUGGCUGGGGGAACUAUUACUUGUUCAAUAAGAUGCGAUCAUUUUCAAUCACAUUUGACUACAAAUUACACAGUAUCUUCCUCAGGUGGUCCGACUCUGUAUUUGAACAUGACAUCACCUGUUCAAUUAUGCCCAAAUACUAGAGUGACCGUAAACUGUCUUGUGGAUGACAGUAAUGCUAAUGGACAAUGGACGCUUAGAUGGGAAGAUGCAAAUACCACUGUGCUAAAGACUUGUAGACAAAUAGAGGAAUGCCUUUUAACGCUGGAUUAUACGGGAGAUGGUUUAAACACAUAAAUUUGCUACGCUUGGAAAUCAGUGGACCUUUUGAAACAUUCCUUGACAGUUUCAAGCUCAAUGACAGAGGAUGUGGACGGGAAAAGGAUACAGUGUUCUGUAAAUUGUGGGAACGAGUCUUUAUAUUCAAACAAUGAAACAUACACAAUUUCCUUUCAAGCUGUUCAAGAUUCAACGAACAACUCUGCACCAGUUCUAACCCAAAAGUGGUUUAUGUCGGUCAUCUACGCCGUAGCUGGAACACUUUUAUGUCUACUUGUUCUAACGUUAACCUUACUUCUCUUUAGGCGAUGUAAACCUCAUGUUUAUGCAACGCUUCUACGCCGAAGGAAAACUGCAGUUAGAGAGCGAUGUACACAUGUGUAUGAUACGGUGUCUAAUGUUGAGACAACUGCGCUUCACAAUCUGAGAGGAGUGUCAACAAAUGCUAUCCAGGUCACAAACGCACCUCAACAUUUGGAUAUGGAAGGAAACAAAGUCCUCUCAAAUGAAAAUGUAAGCCACUAUGACUAUGUGGACACUACAUCCGACCACAGCGACAGUCAGACAAACGCGCCGGAUGCAAAUUAUAUUCACGCUUUAUAAAACUAUGUGAGAGUCAUUUUUACUAUGUAGUCAGAUUUGUAUUGUUCGAAAAUCCUAUGAUCAUUUCAGUUACGCUAACUGUUUCAAGGCGUUUAUUGUUAUUUGUUUCCUCCCUUUUGUACAAUUGUCAUAUUUUUUUUAAUUUAUUUAUCAUAUGAGUGCAUAGUUUCGUAGAUGAUUGAUAUUAGCCGGAAAUAGAGGUAUUGUUGUAUUGCACCUUGGAACCUUUGAAUACAAACGAUAUUUUGAUAGUCGUUAUUCAAUGGAAACUUUUAUAUAUUAUACAUGUGUGUGUUUGUGUGUGUGCGUGUGUGUACAUACCGUGGAUGGUCUUAUGAGGCUGAGCAAGUUUGAGCUUUAAACAAAACUUCAAUACAUUAUGUUUGGCCGUUGUGCUUGUUGUUUUUGUUACUAUUGUAUUUUAUAUUGUGAGUAAUCGGAUUGCCUGAUCCAUAAGUCCAACUAUCAACAUAGAGUCUAUGGUU